AUGAGUGACGUUAAUCAACCCAUUAUUUCAUCGCUUCAAUCUGACGACUGCGAAAUUCUAGGGAAAUGUUAUUUGCAAAUUCACACGCUGAAGGUUACACUCCAGAUUAUCGCCCUCGGGAAAUGUGAAUUCACAAUUGUUCAGUCAUCCUGCAUUCUCGUAUUACAUUUUGAAGUUAGUUGGACCCUCCCCCCAGUCCUGGUGCUGGGCAUGUGCUUCUUCGCUGGCGGCAUGCGUUUUUCGGAACAAGCAUUACAGGGCCAGCCGUCAUAUAGCGAUCUGUCGAUGGAUUGCAUCAUACUAAAGACCAGCCAUGGGGUAGUCAUCAUUUUACUCUUUAUUGACGGCCCGUAUCUGGGUUUCCAACUGUUCACACACACAGCCCUGUAUGAUGACAACAAUGCGAAUCCAAGAGCUGUGAGGAACAUCAUCCGUGGCUUACGGUCGAGGCCUUAUCGUUGUAGGAAUGGUAGACCUGUACCAUCCCCUGAUCCGACAGGUAGAGAGGCUGCAAUCAAUCCCUUCGGACCUGCUGAAGGUACCGACUUAGAACAUGGGGCUCCAUCCGCAGAGGACACAGACUCUGAAAUAGAACCGUAUACGAGCGUCGCUGUGUCCCUCAGGAUUCUGGUCGUUGUAACUGCGUUGGUAAUGCAACGGAACACAUUACUGAAGUUACAGUGUCCGUCAAGCCUGAGCUUAGGUGUUGCUGUUGGAUCAAGUAUCCUGACUGUUCUCAAGCAAAUUGCACUCUUCGUUAUCCCGUUCAUCAUGCUCGGUUGGAUUAUUGGCAAACCACCGACGCUCCUCUUCGACCCGUUUGAGUCGGUCGUGCUGUUCCUCUCUGGUGCGUCAUUAUUUCCACGGGGUGGCAUGAUGAUUAAAGAAAUACAACCGGUCCUCGGCGUGAACCAUGUCGUACAGGACGAACCGGGUGCACCGCUAGGGAGAGAAGGCCAAGACUGA